GAGAUUGACGCUAAAAAUAUUUUAAACUUGAUUUAUGUUCUGGAAGUGAUUGCCACUGGCCAGUAGAGUUCUAUGGGCAGCAGCCAAUCAGAAACGAGCUGAGGACUAACGGCGGACUGUCUUCCCGAAACAUGGUGUCAGAAGUGGGACCCAGAAAAGUUUAACCGGGAAAUCCAAGGACAAGAUCUACAGCCAUUUCUAAUCGGCGGAAGAAGGAAAAAAAAGCAAACAAACAAACAAAAUGCCGGAAACGACAGCAGCACCGAUCCGAGUGAGUCCGCCAUGUGCUUUUAACUUUAACGCACCGGAGGAAUGGCCAGUUUGGUCGAAAAGAUUCGGAAGAUAUUUAUCUAUUUCGGGUCUGGAGAGCAAAUCAGAUAAAGAAAAAAUCGAUUUGUUUUGUUAUUGUGCGGGAGAGAAAGCGGAAGAGAUAUUAAAGCAGGUGAUCCCGAGCGCUUCACUGGAAACGGCCACGUUUGCUACAGUUAGCAAGGCUUUCGACGAGUAUUUCCAUCCGAAGAAAAACAUUGUGUUCGAGCGCGCAAAGUUCAACGCAAGAGUGCAAGCAUUCGGGGAGCCGGUGGACGAAUUCAUCACAGCGCUACAUACACUGAGAGAUAAAUGUGAGUACGGAACUUUGAGAGACGAAUUAAUUCGAGACAGGAUUGUGAUCGGCUUGCAACUCGCCCUGCGUUCCCUCCAGUCCGCCAUUAUCAGUUCAACGGAAAAGUGCGUCGCUGUUAUAAAUUUUCAAUCGUAA